CCCUUCGUUUCCAUCGACAAAUUCGUUCUUUUCGGAUCCCAAAUUCUAUCGGGGGAAAUUUUCCGUUCUCGAUUCAAUUGAUUUGAUAUCUACACCUCAUAAUUGUAGUAUCCUCUCGUUUCUCUAUCGAUUGAUACCUCCUUCGUUGCCAGAUUUUCGAUUCGAAGUUAUCUAGGGUUAGGGUUUUUGAUCUCCCAAUUCACCCAAUUUUCCUUCCGAUCUGUUGAUUUAUUGUAUAAUUCUCUUGAUUUCUGCCGAAACCCCCUUUUAAAUUGGGUUAAUUUAGCUGGGUCUGCCGAUCGGUCCCUCAAUUAGGGAUUCGAAUUCUUCGAUAACCUUUGCUUCAACGAUUUUGAAGGAUUCCUUGGGGUUGAGCUUUUCAAAGUUCUGCUGUGACGAUCUUUGUCCUCAUUCUUUUGUAAUUUUGAGAUACCUCCUCCGAAUUGAGAAACUAGGGUUAGGGUUUCUCUGAAAUUUGGGAGCCCCUCCGUUUCGUCUAAUUGGUUUGGGAAUUUGCACUCUCAGUCCUCAAUUUACUGUUUCCCCAACCUCCUCGUGGGUAUUGCUCAAUUUGGGUGUCGCUUCGGGCGUAUUUGGAUCUCCACUGGGUUUUGCUCUUGGCGCCAGUACUGGUUUGAAUUUGGUGGAUUCGUAAGAGGUAUCAUAAUAUGGGACUUAAGAGACCUUUUGAAAUCGAGGAUUUGCAAGAGCCUCAGAAGCAUUCAAAACAGGCUGAACCUGAUUUCAAGGAAGCUGGUCAAGUUCAUGGCAUAUUUUCAGAACCUGAUAUCUCAGAUGGGGACAAGUAUGUAUUUCCUAAUUAUUCACCUCUCAAGGAAAUUGGGAAUGAUUUCAUCUUUGACAUUCCAUACUUCGAUAUUGAAGUCGCGACAAGUGGUGCCUCAUCAUUGGUCACCCAUGGUUCUAGUGAGGAAGACGUGGAGUCUGAGACAGUGGGUCAUUUUGAGGAUGUCUCCUCUUCCUUGGACUGCUCUCCUGAAAGGAUUGUUCCAAUUGGAUCAAAUCAUCAGGCUAGGCUUCCACCUUGGGUUGGCCAAAUGUACAUGUCUGAGCUGUACAAUUUUGAUAAGGAGGAUACUGAAGAGAACUACCUGGGGACUUGCAUUAUCCCCAUGCCUGAUGAAAGUACCUUUGAACUUGAUCAGGGAAUCGUAGGAGGGGGAAGGAAAGAUUGCAGCUGUAUAGAUAAGGGGUCUAUGAGGUGCGUGAGACAACAUAUUACUGAAUCUCAGGAGGACGUGAGAACCAAUCUUGAUGAUGAAAAGUUUGUCCUUCUGGGGCUAGCUGACUUGGGAGAGGAGGUGGCUUGUGAAUGGAGUGAGGAAGAGGAGCAGUUAUUCAAUGAGGUUGUCUUCUCAAACCCAGUGUCAGCUGGCAAGAACUUCUGGAAGCGUUUAUCAGCUACAUUUUCUUCGCGAACAAAAAGGGAGCUGGUGAGUUAUUACUUCAACGUGUUUAUGCUUCGGAAGCGGGCCACACAGAACAGGUGCAGGUUUCUGGAUAUUGAUAGCGAUGAUGAUGAAUGGCACAGAAAUAUGUAUGAAAUUCCUAAGGAAGUUGAUGUGUUCCAGAGUGCAUCUCUCGGCUAUAAUAAUCAAUGGGCUGAGCAUGGCAACAUUUGUAUUGAACAAGAUGAAGAUGGAGAUGAAGGUGAAGAUGAUGAAUAUGAAUAUGAAUAUGGGGAUGUAGACAAUGAUGAAGAAGGAAUCCGAUGUCACAAUGAAGAAGCAUUUCCAGUCAAGUCGUUUGCUGAGAAUACGUUUGGGAAUUGGGAUGAGAGAACUGAUGUUAUUGGAGACUUCUUUGGUCUUCAAGAUGAUUCAUGCACAUCCUUCGAUUAUCUGUUGACUUCACCUGUUGAUACUCAUGGGCCAGUCAACGGAGACACAGCUGUACAUGCCAAGGCCAGAAGCAGCAAAUCGUGUGAGGAAACUGAUGGUUCGAGAGGAGUGGAUGAUGCAAAAGGCAUAGUAUUCCAGGAAUCAAAGGAAUCCAACAAAUAGUUUCGAUGCAUGGCUUGGAGCAUAAUUGAGGGAUAUUUCCUCUCUGAAGUGGAAGUUGGGAUGAGGCGCAGAAUGAUGGCUUGUACAGUAACUGUCUCGUUUUUAGCAAGCUUAGUUCAUCAGUAGAGUCUCAAUCCAAUUCCCUUGAUUAAUUUCUGCACAAGUUGUGACUUCAGGUCCUGUUUUUUUUUUUUUUUUUUUUUUUUUUGGGCGCCCUAAGCACUAAGUGCCUGUCCUUCCGUCUUACAAUGGAAUGCAACAUCUUUUUUUUAUGCAAGCAAUUCCUUGUAUAUUUUCUGUAAUGAGUUUUGGUUAUACGUGAGCUGAGUGUAGAUUGUCCGAAAAUUUGAAAAUUGAACUUACUUAGUAUCGAUCUUAUUGAAUAAAAUAGAGUUCAGGGUUGAACUUCUUAGCGUGA